GUGAUUUGUAAAACUAUGGUCCCAAUAUUUUAAGCCAAUGCCUAUCGAACCAUGUAUUGUAAAUCUAUCCACCCACCUGGAAGCGUAAAGAAGCUAAGUGCUCAUAUGCCACAGAAGUUGCCAUGUCAACCAUAUCAGAAGUCUGCUAUAAGUGCGAGGGAAGAGAGGAGGAGGAAGAGAGAGCACAGGAAGAAAAGCAGCAGUAGUGAAUCUAGUUGGAAAAGGUGCAGGUCCAAGAGAGCAGAGGAGGAGGAGGACAGGAUUGUGGAUGGACUCCUGGAUGGAGCACUGGGCAGCUCAAGUGGAUCAGAGCAGUCCAGUGGCAGUAGUUUUGAGACCGACAGCAGCAGCCAGUCUGUCUUGCAAGCCCUCGUCAGACUCAGCAGCGCUCAGAAAGAUGCAUUUGAAGGGAAAUACAAACAGACGCUUUGCCUGAAUCAGGGUGGAUAUGGUACUGUUUACGCUGGACACCGAGUAGAAGACUCACUGGCCGUGGCCAUCAAACGUGUGCCGGAGUCGAAGGUGAUUCGGACAUCAGUGGUUCUGGAUGGGCAGCGUCGUCAGUUCCCUCUGGAGGUAGUGCUCCUGAUGAUGGUGGGAGCUGGUGAGGGAGCGAGGGGGCAGGAUAGCAGCAGCGUUAGUGUUCGGCUGCUGGACUGGUACGAGCUGGGGGACGAGAUCGUGUUGGUGAUGGAGAGGCCACUUCCUUGCCUGGAUCUGUUUGACUACAUCCAAGAGAGAGGCGGGAGACUCCCAGAGGAAGAGGCUAAGUUCAUUCUGAAGCUGCUGGUUGAGGCGAUGAAUAAGGUUCACUCUAAAGGAGUUCUCCAUCGUGACAUAAAGCCUGAGAACAUUCUGGUGCUCAUGGGCAAUGAUAGCCUGUGUCUGCGCAUUCUUGACUAUGGCUGUGGAUGCAUUCUCAAGAAUGGACCAUACACUGAGUUCUAUGGCACAAUGCAGUACACACCGCCUGAGUGGUACCUGCAGGGGGAGUACGAGGCCCUGCCCUCCUGUGUAUGGCAGAUAGGGGUGCUGCUGUAUGACAUGCUCUGUGGUGAGCACCCCUUCAACAUGCGUGCAGACACCAUCAGCCAUGAGCCGUACAUCCCACCGCAGCUAUCCAGACUGUGCCAGGACCUGAUGAGACGCUGCUUAGCCAAGCGGCCCAGGGGAAGACCAACUCUAGACGGCAUUCUACAGCAUCCUUGGUUACAGUGAAGGGCACAGGCACAUGCUAUAAUACAAACACACACAGACAUGUAAAGACACAUGGCACAGACACAAACACCUACAUAUAAAGAAACACACAAAUGUCCUGCAUUCAUUCAUAUAUAUUUUUAAUGAAUCC